ACAUACUGGAGGAACACGGUCACUUGUUUAUCGGUAACUGUAUAUGUCUUCAGAACAAAAUGAAACAGAAUAUAAAUUUGAUAUAUCAGAACGAACAAAAUGAGGAAUUAGACAGUUUCUGUUUAUGUUAUGGUGACUCCAGUAGGAACUCGGCAGGAGUGCUGGUAUAAUGUCAAGCUGGUGUGCCAGGCCUAUUCAUACUAAUAGGGAACAUCUUACGUCUAAGGCGGCCGGAGACCGGAGUAGCCGACUACACUCGUUAAAAAAAAAAAUCAAAUUGGAGACAAUGGCGAGCGGGGAUUCGAACUCACAACCUUCUGAUCAUGAGUCCAAUACGAGACCAGACAACCCAUUGAUAUUUUUUUCAUCGAAAACCCAUUUAAUAACUGGUUGGUUAGAGGUGAGAUAAGAAUGAAGAAAGAUGUGAUUAUGAUAAUGAUUAUCAGGAAUAAAGAUGCCUUAUGAAAAUUAUAGGCCAUCACAGACUACAAUUGAGUCACAGAACGUGGAAAUAGCACAUUGGUGCAAAUGAAGAGGAAAAGAUUUUAGAUUUUUUUUUUGAAUAAGUUUAGUUUAGAGAUGAUGUGCAUUCAAUCGUUUGAAUUAUUUUAAUUGUUAUUAUCAAUUCGUCAGCUACACAUUGUAACUGUAUAUGUCUUCAGAACAAAAUGAAACAGAAUAUAAAUUUGAUAUAUCAGAACGAACAAAAUGAGGAAUUAGACAGUUUCUGUUUAUGUUAUGGUGACUCCAGUAGGAACUCGGCAGGAGUGCUGGUAUAAUGUCAAGCUGGUGUGCCAGGCCUAUUCAUACUAAUAGGGAACAUCUUACGUCUAAGGCGGCCGGAGACCGGAGUAGCCGACUACACUCGUUUAAAAAAAAAAUCAAAUUGGAGACAAUGGCGAGCGGGGAUUCGAACUCACAACCUUCUGAUCAUGAGUCCAAUACGAGACCAGACAACCCAUUGAUAUUUUUUUCAUCGAAAACCCAUUUAAUAACUGGUUGGUUAGAGGUGAGAUAAGAAUGAAGAAAGAUGUGAUUAUGAUAAUGAUUAUCAGGAAUAAAGAUGCCUUAUGAAAAUUAUAGGCCAUCACAGACUACAAUUGAGUCACAGAACGUGGAAAUAGCACAUUGGUGCAAAUGAAGAGGAAAAGAUUUUAGAUUUUUUUUUUGAAUAAGUUUAGUUUAGAGAUGAUGUGCAUUCAAUCGUUUGAAUUAUUUUAAUUGUUAUUAUCAAUUCGUCAGCUACACAUUGUAACUGUAUAUGUCUUCAGAACAAAAUGAAACAGAAUAUAAAUUUGAUAUAUCAGAACGAACAAAAUGAGGAAUUAGACAGUUUCUGUUUAUGUUAUGGUGACUCCAGUAGGAACUCGGCAGGAGUGCUGGUAUAAUGUCAAGCUGGUGUGCCAGGCCUAUUCAUACUAAUAGGGAACAUCUUACGUCUAAGGCGGCCGGAGACCGGAGUAGCCGACUACACUCGUUUAAAAAAAAAAUCAAAUUGGAGACAAUGGCGAGCGGGGAUUCGAACUCACAACCUUCUGAUCAUGAGUCCAAUACGAGACCAGACAACCCAUUGAUAUUUUUUUCAUCGAAAACCCAUUUAAUAACUGGUUGGUUAGAGGUGAGAUAAGAAUGAAGAAAGAUGUGAUUAUGAUAAUGAUUAUCAGGAAUAAAGAUGCCUUAUGAAAAUUAUAGGCCAUCACAGACUACAAUUGAGUCACAGAACGUGGAAAUAGCACAUUGGUGCAAAUGAAGAGGAAAAGAUUUUAGAUUUUUUUUUUGAAUAAGUUUAGUUUAGAGAUGAUGUGCAUUCAAUCGUUUGAAUUAUUUUAAUUGUUAUUAUCAAUUCGUCAGCUACACAUUGUAACUGUAUAUGUCUUCAGAACAAAAUGAAACAGAAUAUAAAUUUGAUAUAUCAGAACGAACAAAAUGAGGAAUUAGACAGUUUCUGUUUAUGUUAUGGUGACUCCAGUAGGAACUCGGCAGGAGUGCUGGUAUAAUGUCAAGCUGGUGUGCCAGGCCUAUUCAUACUAAUAGGGAACAUCUUACGUCUAAGGCGGCCGGAGACCGGAGUAGCCGACUACACUCGUUUAAAAAAAAAAAUCAAAUUGGAGACAAUGGCGAGCGGGGAUUCGAACUCACAACCUUCUGAUCAUGAGUCCAAUACGAGACCAGACAACCCAUUGAUAUUUUUUUCAUCGAAAACCCAUUUAAUAACUGGUUGGUUAGAGGUGAGAUAAGAAUGAAGAAAGAUGUGAUUAUGAUAAUGAUUAUCAGGAAUAAAGAUGCCUUAUGAAAAUUAUAGGCCAUCACAGACUACAAUUGAGUCACAGAACGUGGAAAUAGCACAUUGGUGCAAAUGAAGAGGAAAAGAUUUUAGAUUUUUUUUUUGAAUAAGUUUAGUUUAGAGAUGAUGUGCAUUCAAUCGUUUGAAUUCUUUUAAUUGUUAUUAUCAAUUCGUCAGCUACACAUUGUACAUUUCAAUUGAAGUAUGUGGUAUUACCACCCCUCGUCCACAAAGAUGCCGGGAUGACCCACCCCCACGCCAAAUGAUUUUCUGAUUGGUUUAUGAUCAAAAUCAAAAUAUUUAAACGUAAUUGGACUCAUGUAAAUUCAUUAAAGGACUCAUCUUAAUUAUACUUUCAUGAUGCAGCGGAUAACAUUUGCUACAAAGGCAAUAUGAAUUCGUUUUAUUUCAUAUAAUUUUCAUUUCAUAUAAACAUUACAAUUUUCACAUAUUUUUUUAUUUUUGUAUCAUAAAGUCAUACAAAUCAAUUUUUCAUAAAGAAUAUAAUGUACACAAGUUAUGUUUAUAGAUGAAGGCGUAAGUCGAUCUCUCAAUGCAAAAGCUUGCAUGUACUGGUCAGGCCUACAUGUAUGCCUAUACUAUACAGUUUUUAGGCCAAUAAAGACAUGUCGUAAGAUCGAGAGCGGGCCAGAAAUUGGGCGAGAAAUUUUGCCGUUUUAGAAUGAGAAAUUAGGCCAAUUUAAGUUCACUCAUAUAUUAAUCAUUUGAUAAAUACAAAAGUAAUAUUCUAUCUUGAAAAGUGUGGGCGAUCAUUGUACAGGCCAUCCGCAAAUUAAGACAACUGCCCUCUCUUGUUUCCCUUCUACUUCCUUUUUUUUAUAUAUUUGACUUCUUUGAAUUUACCAAUACUAUAUAUACUCUCUUCUCCUACAUAUCCUUCUUUUCUUCUUCUCCGCUAUUCUCCUUUUCUUAUUUUCCUCUUAUAAUUCAUAAUAAGAAAAAAAAAGAUAGGGUUAUAAAAAAGGGGUGUGAACUUACAAAAAUGAAAUCUUUCAAGUAUAAUUUACAACAUUAAAAUGGAAAAUUUCAGUUUCUGAUUAAUUCUGAAUACAAGUAUUGAGAAAUAUUUUUUCACUUUUCAGGUUCAUCAUGCUGUAUUUCGCAAUUUCCUUUUGAAAAGCCCGAAUCCACCCACGAGUGAAUGAAAUAAAAUUUCUUUUUUUGUUUUCUCUUUGAGUUAUUAAGUCGGAAAAAGAAAAACAACAGUUACUUUCGCGCCGCGCGCCGAGCUCGAAGCGAAGGGGUUUGAAUCUAAGAUCUGAUUUCCUCAUCUUUUCCCAAUUUAGAUUGAAUCCAGAUUUCUAUCGAACUCAUUUUGACUGAUCUCAUGUGAUUUUUGGAGCUGUUUGGAUCGACUGAGUGAGAAAGUGCUUAAAUUCUGGACCAGUCCCCGGCCCCGAGAGAACUCUCAAGAAUCAACACAUCGACAUUACCUGUACAUGUAGUUUGUUCUGAGCUUGAGUUUGGAUACAAGAUGGCUACUGCCUCGGCUUCUGAUGCAUCUGAUCUUGUGAAGACAUCUCUCUCUGGCUUUGUUACCUGUCAUAUUCCCGAAGCUUCACUUGAGUUUAUUGAUGACAUUGUCCUAUCCUACAUGCUGGGUGUGCUCGAAGAUCUUGAUAGUGAUGAUGGAUUUGAGGUUGAGGGUUUCGUAGAGAUGAUGCAGGCAUAUAUUCCUGGAUUUGAGGAUGUGAGCAGUGACACGAUAUGUGAAUGGGUUUUCAAGCUGGCCAAUGAGCUUUCAGAGUCCAAAGAAAAAGAAAAUGAACCUCCUUGUGAUGUAUUGUCUGAGAUGAUUUCGUGUAACCUGCCCUCUCAUGCUGGAACAACGAAGAGGACAACCCCAUUGGCUGUUAAAGGAGGUAAAAGGUCACCAAGGUCAAGUCCUUGCCCUGACAAGCAAGAGGCCGGGGAGAGUGGAGACGAUGAAGAUGCCCAGGUCAGGCAGCUCCUGGAGAUGUUCCCCGCUUCCUGUUCUCUGGAGGCUCGCCGUUGCCUAACAACAGCCAAAGGCCAGAUGGAAGAUGCAGUCCAGCUCAUGCUGGUCGAGAUGGAGAAGGAUGACCAUGCUCCAACAGUCACCAAAGAUGAGUGGAGAAUGAAGAAAGCCCAUCACGAUGACAAAGCGGUCAGAAAUUCAAUACUUCAGAAGUAUGGAUUUGUUGACGUCAAGGAUGACACAGUAACCCACAGACCAGUAGCUCCCAAACAGGAGAAGAAAAAGAUGGUCAGAUACCUGAAUAAUCAAGUUUGUUCAACAAAAGGAGAACGCUUUAUCGAGACUAAAAAGCCAAUGACGGAAGAGAUGAAGAAAACAUAUAUCAAUCUCAAGCCUGCACGCAGUUACCAUUUUCACUAGUACUUGUUCAGACUCGCCAUAAAUAAAAAAAUCAAUCUUUAGUUUAGGAAGCCAAUUUCAUGAAGUAAAUGUUACAUGGAGCUGCCAUUUCCAUCAGUGCUUGUUUUCCCUUGUAACAAUAACAAUUCACCUUUUUAGUUUAAAAGGCCAACGAUGGAAAGAAUAAGGAAAACAUACAAUCUAAAUUUUUAGGCCUACAAAGAGGUUUUUUUUCAAUGUCGAUUUUCAAGUUUUAACGUUUAGCACAUGAAUCAUGAUUCAAAACGCAAAGUACAAAAUGAAGAUAUAAUGCGAAACUAAGGGUGUGUUUAAUGUCCCCCAUUCCCGGUCGUGAAGGUAAACGUCUUUCAGAUAGCGAUUCGGAGGAAAUGUGAUCAGCUCAGAUCUUAGAACCUUCAGCGUUGCGAAUGCAACACUGAACACGAUUGAGUUUUGAAACGUCUUUAAAUUUGCUCUCGCAGUGAAAGCCUACACAAACAUAUGUGAGAAUUGGCCUUUCUUGUGAUGGGUCAAACUGCGCAGUAAGCUGUGCUAGCGAGAGCAGGAAAUCAAAAGACAAUUUGACGUAUAAUCAGCAUUACAUGUAUAUUUUCAACGCUGUAUUGAUCACCCCUGAUCAUGUUAGUGUUCUGUAAUUCUCGCUACCCCAAAUAGCGAUUUCGCCGAGAUCCGGGAAAAAUCCCUGUAACGCGCAUUGCAUUAUGGGAUAGCUUUUCGGUAUUACAACUUCCUGUUCGGAAGUCCAAUGCACUGUUUUGCCAUUCAGAUCAACAGUGCCGUCAUCCACAACAACACAACGUCGCUUUCGCUCGGAAAGUUCGUGAUCACAACCCUCUCUUUCACGAUACAGUUUAACAGCCUUUUGUGCUAAAGUCACUAAUUCUGCCCGACGCUUUCCAUUGCACGGUAUUCCUCUGUCAGUUAAGAUUUUUUAAAGUUCCGAAACUGAUUUUUUUUCCCCAUUUUGUGGUCGACGAAAAUUUGAACGGAAUGAGUGCUGUAGUGUAUAUAUUUAGCGUAUAGUCGAAUACGAUCGUGAUGUCAGGCCAGUCGCUAAAUGCAAAAUUUUAAGAUAUUCAUUUUUUGUUUAAUUUUUUUAUAACCAAAUAAAAACAUGUAUAAUAUAAACAAUUAUAUUUUUAGUAUAUUUCGAAGGAGAAGAACAAAUCACACAAUAUCAAGCUUGCAUGGAGUUACCAUUUUCGUUAGUGCUUGUUCAGACUUGCUGCAAAGAAUUAUUCAACUUAUAGUUUAAGAAACCUAAAAACACUAGUACAGAAGAGAUGAGAAAAAUUCCCAGCCAUGUUCAUAGGAGAAUUGCCUCUACUAUUUGUCCAACAUUUCUCAACAGUUUGCAAAUAUGAAGCUUACAUUUUCAAAUAUAGAUUAAAUUUUCAAUUCUUUAUCCAAUUUCUUUCAAAUUUUCACAAUUUUUUUUUUAAUCAUUAGAGGUUAUUUUUUUUUGGUUUUGAAACAAGAAAUAGUGCAAUUAUGUAUCAUAAAGUUAACAGUGACUAUAAAUGUAAGCAUAUUUUUGUAUCUUGUAAUAUUCCAUGAUGUUUAUAUGUUCAUGCAUAAUGUAUCCGUAUGUGUAUAUGAUUACACUAGUGUAUUUUUCUGCAUAUGAGUACAUGUUGGUAUAUAUUCCUCUUGCAUAGUGUAAAAUAUGUAGAACAGGAUUUGAAUUUACAACUAUUUGCAUGCUUGGUUUAUUGCUUUUAUUCCCAAGGGAAGCUCAAAAUCGACUGAAAUUUUUAUUUUACCAUUCAUACCACUGAUCGUUAUGGUUUUAUAGGUCGGAAUGUCCAUAUCAAAUGCUAUUAAACUGCCUUUGAAAGUCAGAUUGCAAUGGUUUGUGUACAUCUUAAAUUUUCCCCAAAGUGUGUGAUAGGAUUAAUUUAAAGUUUGAAUAGUUGAAUAAAUUACCUGGUAUUGAGCAUGACUUUGUUGACGCAUCUUUCAGGAUCAACAACAAUCAUUAAUUUGAUUUAUGUAAGUGAAUCAUGUUUGAAAUUCAAAAUCCUGUAAUUAUUUGAAAGAAUUUUUAGUGAGAAUUGUAUGUCACACGAUCGAAGUAUUUCAGUCUGUUCUGAUCUCCCACUGGGGUGGAUCCAGGAUUUUAUAGCAGAGGGGCAUACUAAUUUGGAAUUGGAGGAAGUGGGCAGAUUUUUCAGUUUUUGUCAUGCAAGCACACAUCAAAGUGUUAGUGCAGGAAAGUCCUUAGCACCGUACAGUUAGCAUAAGGGCAUUGUAUAUAGGGCAUUUUGAAAAGGGACUGUAAACCAGAUGAGAUGAGCUGAAUAUAGCUUGAGUAGCGAUGGUUUGAGUAGUAGCAGGAUUUCACUCACUUUCAAGAAAAUAAUAUUUCUAAUUUUCUAUUUUCAUCCUAUCUCGUCUUUCCAUUUCAGUCUUUCUGCCUGUAUUUCCUUCCCUUCUUCAUAUUACACAUAGUGAACGGUAAACCUUCUCCACGUUAUAAACUCCACCAUGGAAGCGCCAUGGUGUAGCGGUUCUGACUCUCACCUUGUAAUCAGAGGGUGGUGUGUUCGAAUCCCACCAUGGUCUAGCGUCCUUUGGCAAGGCGUCAAUCCACACUUUGCCACACUCACCCAGGUGCUAAUUGGGUACCGGUAGGAAACAACCGUCAUUGUGGUUGGUUUAGCAAGUUUGCGCCUAACAGGCUGCUUGAAAUGCUAUGAAUCCAGUGACCGGGUAAUAAUGAUUGUGAAGCGCUUUGAACAGUCGUAGAUUGAUAAAGCGCUAUAUAAAUGCCAAUUAUUAUUAUUAUGCAAACCUACAAAGAUCAUCUACUCACUUAUAAUUGUCCUCAUGAGUUGUCUUUGGCUCUAUUCAAAUGACUAUUUUCAGCAAUUGUUUGUCAUUAUCCAAAAUGAAUAAUUUGAAACUAAAAUCAUGGACCACCGAUUAUGAUGUGUUUUGUAUUAGGCCCAUAGAUUUUACCUUUUUAGAAUAACAUAAUGCAAUGUAUUCUUUGUUUAACUUAAGUUAGAUUCAAAGUUUCACAAUGGAAUUAAAGGGGAAGUUCACGCUGGAGAGAAAAUUUUGUUGCAAAAAUAACAGAAAAAAUUAUAAAAAAUAUUGGUGAGGGUUUGAGGAAAAAUUAAGUAAGUUGUUAUAAUUUUGUUUAAGUUUUGAAUUUGUGAUGUCAUAAUAAACGAGCAGCUGCCCCAUAUGUUAUGAAAUAGAAAAUGCAUAAA